UUAUUAUAUAUAUAUUAUCACCAUUAACGAACAGAUUUUUGUACUCUUUCAUCUACAGCUAGCUCGCUCUCACAUAAUUCCAAGAGCAAAAAAACCAUUUCAACCUCACAUCACUCUUUUCUAAAACCAAUUCCUUCACAACCCUAAAUGGCAUAUAAUCAUCUCCACCCAAAAAUAACCAUAAAUAACCUACUUAGCGUAGCGUAAUAUAUACAAGAGAAUUAAAACCCUCCACAUGAGUUCAUUACCGCCAUUAUCAUUACCAAAGCCCGACGUAAACCUUUCCCUCAACUUAUCACAAUCAAAUACGACGUCGCUUUCACCAACUACCUCCAAUGAUCACAAUCAGCUCCAAACGACGACGUCGUCGUCGUCGUUGACCAAGCCCGAACAGAGGGGCAUCAUUCUCAUUCAGCUCCUCUUCAACUGCGCCAAGCACGCCGCUUGCGGCAACCUCAGCCACGCCGACUCAUGUCUCAGCCAAAUAUCCCAACUCGCCGCCGUCGAUGGCGACUCCAUGCAACGCCUCUCGGCCCGUUUCGCCUCAGCUCUGGCGCUCCGCCUCGUUAAGCGCUGGCCGGGCCUACACAAGGCUCUGUACCAAGCCCAUCGGCCCAAACCAGAAAUGGGCCGAUCCCAACUCGCUUCCGCUCCCACAUUUCCGUGCCUCGGCAUCGCCUACUCCAUCAUCGCUGGGACCUUGGCCCACUCCCUCUCCCACGAGGACGUAAUCCACUUCGUUGACUUGGGUUCCGGCGACUUGAGACUGUGGAUCCCCAUUUUGAGGAGACUCGCCGUCGCCGGUGAGCCACGCGAAAACGGGCCUCUCAACCUGAACUUCAGUUGUGUUCAUGGUAACAAAGCCGUUUUAGAUAAGUUGGGCCUGGGCCUUGCUAAAGAGGCCGAGGUUUUGGGCUUUUCUUUUCAAUACAACGCUCUAAACGUUCCUUUACAAGAAUUAACAAGCGAAAUGAUCAAACCAAGACCAGGGGAAGGGGAAGCUUUGGCUGUGGUAUCGAUUCUAAGUCUUCAUGUGUUAUUGGCCGAAGAUGAUAGAGUAGAAGCACAAUUUGGGGGCCAUAGAAAUAAGGGUAUUAAAGAUUGUAAGCAAAUGAGUCAAUUUCUAGCAAUGGUCAAGUCAAUGUCACCAAAAGUGGUACUAUUAGUAGAGCAAGAAGCUGACCAUAAUUUGAACCGUUUGGUGGACCGUUUCCUUGGGAGCUUGCAUUACUAUAGCGCAUUAUUUGACUCGUUGGAUGCCACUUUUGGGGCAUCUUCAUCGUCGAGCGAUCAUCAAGAGAGGUUGGAACUAGAGGAAAUGUUUGGAAGAGAGAUUGAGAAUCUUGUGGCUUGUGAGGGUUUGGAUAGGGUGGAGAGGCAUGAAAGAUAUGAGAAAUGGGUGGCUAGGUUCGGUGGAGCUGGAUUCAGGCCAGUUCGAAUGUGGCUCGAUCCUAUGGAGGAUGCCAAGAAGAUGGUCAAGAUAUGUGGCUCGGAGGGUUACAAAGUUGUGAGUAGCAAAGCUAGUUUUGUAUUGUGUUGGCAUGAACGACCUCUUUAUGUCGUGUCUGCUUGGAUUUCUUAGAAUUUUUAGAAGUUAUAGUUUUUUUUUUUUUUUUACUUUUAUAAAUUUGUUCUUGUAUGAUGCAGACAAUUAAACUAAUUCAUGUUAUUAUGUACUAAUUAUGCCAUGUUGUUAUGUACUAAUUAUGCUGAAUUAGUGAGUACUAACUAUAUUGAGAAAGCCUUGCCAACUACAUUUUGGUUAGAAUUAUUUUAUUUUUUAAAAAGUGCAUUUUGGUUAGAUUAAAGUUUAUUAAACUAAACACAUUAAUCCUCCAAUAUUAAAAAUAAACUUUCAAUUCAAAAUUGA